UAGAUGCCUUCUUGAGCCUGAUUGUGGCCACCCACAGACACUUGUAAGGAGAAGAGAAGUCAGCAUAGCAGAGACUCUCUGAAAUUAGGAAAUAGAGGCUGGGAUCCAAGGAGCAAGAGCUGCAGCCAGAACACAAGAAGGCAAGCCCUGAAGACACUUCUAUUGAGAGGUCUGCCAUGGCCUCUCUUGGCAUCCAACUUAUAGGCUAUAUCCUGGGCCUUCUGGGACUGUUAGGCACCCUGGUGGCCAUGCUGCUCCCCAGCUGGCGAACAAGUUCUUAUGUCGGUGCUAGCAUUGUGACGGCAGUCGGCUUCUCCAAGGGCCUCUGGAUGGAGUGUGCCACACACAGCACAGGCAUCACCCAGUGUGACAUCUACAGCACUCUUCUAGGCCUGCCCCCUGACAUCCAGGCUGCCCAGGCCAUGAUGGUGACGUCCAGUGUAAUCUCCUCGUUGGCCUGCAUUAUCUCUGUGGUGGGCAUGAGAUGCACAGUCUUCUGCCAGGAUUCCCGAGCCAAGGACAGAGUGGCGAUAGUGGGUGGAGUCUUCUUCAUCCUUGGAGGCCUCCUGAGCUUCAUCCCUGUUGCUUGGAAUCUUCAUGGGAUCUUGCGGGACUUCUACUCCCCACUGGUGCCUGACAGCAUGAAAUUUGAAAUCGGAGAGGCCCUUUACUUGGGCAUUAUUUCCUCCCUGUUUUCCCUGGUAGCUGGAGUCAUCCUCUCCUUUUCCUGCUCACCCCAGGGAAAUCGCCCCAACUACUAUGAUGCCUACCAGGCCCAGCCCCUCGCCACUAGGAGCUCUCCAACAUCUGGUCAACCGCCCAAAGUCAAGAAUGAGUUUAACUCCUACAGCCUGACAGGGUAUGUGUGAAGAACCAGGGGCUAGAGCUGGGGGUGGUGGUGGCUGGGUCUGUAAAAAACAGUGGACAGCCCCCCCACAGGACCACAGGUGAGAGACAUUGCUGCUGGAUCAUGUCAGAAGGUGGUGCUGAGGAUAGACUGACUUUGGCCAUGGGAUCAAGAGAAUGCAAAAAUGAAUGCUGGUGUGACAGUGUCCAGGUUGAACUGUCAAUAUGCUUACCAAGCCAGUCUUUCUGUUUCCUUCACCUUAGUUCCCAACCCUACACCCUGAAUCCCCCAA